AUGUCGAGGAAACAUUACAAAAAGUGUGGCACUGUGUGUUUGUUGGGAAGAAGGAAAGACGGACCUGAAACUGUAGGCAGCCGAGGCGGCGGAUGGAGCACCCGUGGGGCAAACAAUCCCCCAUCCACAUCCAUCCAGCCAUCCGUCUCGGCUCGGCCUCCUUCCAACCUUUCUUACCUGCUUUACUCCUACAAAACUGCUUUAUUCUUGUUUCAUUCUAGUUAUUAAUAUGUUUUUUUGACACUCUCCGAAUAGUCAUCAUUCACCCACUUGAAGUUGAAUAAUUUUGCAGGGAUCUAUCACUUAGCGUUAUCUGUAUGUCGCACUUGAAUCGGAUGCUUUCCAAAAUUUGCUCUAUCCUAAAUAAUUUGUUUUCAAAUAUCUUUCAUAGAUUCGAUUCCAUCUUUCAUCUCAUUCUAAUCUAAUUUAUUCAUGUUUCUCUAUCAUAAAGCCUUUGUCCAAAGUUGCAAGUCUUAUUUUGAUAUUGUCGGGAGCUUGGGCUAUCAACAUAAAAAGCUUUUUCCAAUCCUUCGUGUUUUUUUUUUCAACCCUGUCACCGAGGAUGAACUUUAAUUUCGGAAAAAGUCUUCAAAUAAAGUUGCAGCUCAUUUUGAAUUUUUUAGAAUCGUUUUGAGUUCAAGAGAUACAUAGAAUGGCUAUAUGAAACAUCCUGCUAUUUUCAUUGAAGACAUAACGUCCUUAAAAGUUUUCAUGAUCCCUUUCAUACGAUAAUUAAGACCUCUACGAAUAUCAAUUAAUUUUUUUUACUUUCGAUUGCGCUUCCUAAUGAUCAUCAUGUUCAAAGCUGAUAACGGCUUUUCUUUUCAGUUUUUUUUGGUUCAGUCUUCGAAUUAUGAACCAGAAAAAGAAAACAAGAUUUUGAGCAAGAAAAGUAUAUAACCUUGUUAAUGCGUGAACACUUAGGAAAGUUUCGUUUUUGUUUUGCAUCAAUUUCAUAAUUUUAUUUCAAACUCACUGUAUUUCGACUGCAAUCAAUUUCAUCAUCUGCUUCAUUUUUCGGUUUCUUUUUAUUUUUCGAAAUUCUGAUCCACUUUGGCAUUCUUUCGCCUAAACUUUAACAACUGUUUUUUUAAAAUCAUUUUUCAUUCUUUCUUUUUUUUUCCUUUUUUACUUUAUAAAUUUAGUUUCAAAACUUCGUCCUUGAAAAUCAGCUAUAGACGGAUAUUUUUCAAAAAAAGAAUUUGCGCAUGUAUUUUUUUCAUAGAACUUUGAUUUUUGAAACAACUUGUGCUCUGGCGAAAUUCCAUGAUGUAGUUUGACUCUUUUCUGCUUGAUGUUUUUAUUCCAGAUGAAGUUUUUGUCCUCAAGUUUUCCGAAUCCUUUAUCCAAUGAUCGAAAUAUUUUUCAUCUUCGUUUAAGGCUGAAAGAAGUUUUAACUCCAAUUUCACUACAAAACUGAUUACAUGUACUUUCAAGCUCUUUGAAAAUAUUCGAAUGAAACAUCUUUUUUAAUCGAGGAAUUGUAAUUUUUCAAGACUGAUCCCCUAAACGAGGUGUCGAUUUCUCUAAAAUCUUGUUCGAUACUGUAAUUUUUAACUUUUCAAUCUAUCACGUGAAGUGUUGCUUGAGUACUUUCUAAAAAUUUUAGGCACUUCUUCAACGCUGAUUUUUUUUCUAUCAUUUUGAAGAAUAUGUUCAAUUAUGUGAGAAAUUAUUAAAAAAAAGGAAAAUUUCAGACGUGACGACAAUGUCUCACGAGUCGGAUCCUGGCUGGCAGUUCUUGCGCCAGUCCCAGGAGCAGGUUAUCUUUUCUUUCUAUUAAAACGAGGUCUUCUUGAGUAUAUUCAAUCUGAUUCGACAAUUAUUUUCUGAUUAAACUGGGUGGAGAAAUCAUCAUAACUUCUGAUGAUGAAGAUGAAAACUUCCAUUUUUUUUUUGAUACUUUUUUUUUCAAUUAACAGAAGUUGAAUUUUUCAUGAUUUUUGAAGAUUGAAAGUUGAAACAGAGGAAUGAUAUUGAUAUAAAUACCAGAAACGGAAAAGAGGAAAAGUUUCAGUUGCUCGCUGCGACGACGAAAAAAUUCGACUCGAAGAAGAAUGUGUGGAUCGUCGACCCGGAGGAAGGCUUCAUCGCCGCCGAGAUCAAGUCCACCAAGGGCGACACCAUCACCGUCGUCACGUCCAAGGGCACCGAGGUCCAGGAACUUUUUCGUAGCAUCCUUUGCAAAGAUCCAGAAGAAAAUUCCUAUACAUUUCUAAAAAAAAUAGUUUCAAAGUCUAUUCGCAGUGACUUUCUUCAAUUUUCUUUCUUUCGAGAAGAAAACUGAUUGAAUGGUAUGAAAUUGUACAAAUUUAUAUUUUUUUGUACCACAUUUAUAUUUUUAGCCUAAUGGGUUAUGUGAAAAAAAUUUCUUUCAAGAUAAUGAAAAUAAUUUUAAAUCUGUCGAUUUCAGUUGUAAUCGCUCCAUUAGCUUUUUUUAUCCCGAAACGGAAAAAAAUUCAAAAAAAAUUUCAACAUUUUUUUACCACUUGAUUGCUAGAAUUAUCCUGUUGAAACAUUUUUUUUUUUGAACCCUUAAAUUUUCAUGGAAGUCUGGAAAAAAGGUUGAAAUCCCGAAUUGAAAGAAGAGUUUUAAGAAAAAUUGAAAAGUACACGAUAAGAUCUUUUCCUUUUGUUCUGAACAAAAGAGAGAAGAUUAUUCAACUACUCAAAUUUUGUGUCAUAAGACUUUACUUUUUUAAAACUUCAUUUUUUCAGAAGUCGCUGAAAAAGGACGACGCUCAACAGAUGAACCCUCCGAAGUACGAGAAGACCGAGGACAUGGCCAACUUGACGUUCCUCAACGACGCCUCCGUCCUUCACAACUUGCGGCAACGCUACUAUUCCAUGAUGAUCUAUGUUAGAACCUUGUCCUGCUCCAAUUCCAACCGACUUUUCAGACCUACUCGGGCCUUUUCUGCGUGGUGAUCAACCCCUACAAAAGGCUGCCGAUUUACUCGGAAGCCGUCUGUCAGAUGUACCUCGGCAAGCGAAGGAACGAAAUGCCGCCCCACUUGUUCGCCGUGUCCGACGAGGCCUACAGAAACAUGAUCAACGGUCUGAUUUUGAACUGAACUGAUUUUGAACUGAAUUGCUUUAAGACAAUAUAAAAACCUCAUAACCAGAAGUCCAAUCAUUUUUUGAAUUUUCAUAAAAUAAGGAAGCCUCUUGCUUCGAAAUACUUGAUUGAACGUUUUGGAAUAGGUUAAAAAGAUCGUGCCUUACCAUCCUUUUGGUCUAACAUUCGAAAAAUAUCUUUAAAAGUUUCGUCAGCCAAAAUUUUUGGAUUUUCAAAAGAAUCAAGACAUCAGAACUCAAUAGUUUGACUUUACCAGAUUUGCAUUUAUUUUCCUCAAAUUGAACUUUUCAUUUCCAUUCGAUAACAAAGGAAAUUCUCUCUCAUCGUAUCAGCAAUUAUUCGUAUCACUGAGAAUACCAAAUUGUUCAGACCGGGAGAACCAGUCGAUGCUGAUCACCGGAGAAUCCGGAGCCGGAAAAACGGAAAACACGAAAAAAGUCAUCUCCUACUUUGCCAUGGUUGGAGCCUCGCAACAGUCUGGGUAUCUGGAAAAUCUAAUCUCAUUGUCUCUCAAUUUAUUUUUUCAGCGCUCAGAAGAAGAAAGACAAGAACAAGGUCUCAUUGGAGGACCAAAUCGUGCAGACCAACCCUGUUUUGGAAGCUUUCGGUAUCAUUUUGAAGUUGUUCUUUAUGAAUCUAUAAUAUUGUAAAAGUCUCCCAUUUUCGUGGCAACCAGCCUUUGAGCGCAAAAACGUACACGCCUGAAGGGCCAGCCAGAGUGGCGGCUCUCAGCGGCGCGCUUGACCGGAUCUUCAAGCUUUUUCCUCGGGAAUUGAUAAGAUAGGACUCUCGGAGUCCUUUGCCAAUUUUCAGAAUAGACGAGGGGUUCAUGGAGAUUUGAUUAUUAGAGAAGAGAAAGAAAAUAGAAAAAAAACCACAAAAUUAAUUUUUAUGAGUAACUGUAGGUUGUGUGGUUCUGAAAGUGUGAACACACAGUUUACAUCUUCUCUGACUAGCAAAAAAAUCAUUUUUUUCGUCCAAUUUUUUUAUCGCGUUAAGAGUAAUUUCUAUAAAUCAUUUUUAUUUCGCCGAAAUAAUUUUGAACUCGACAGUUUUUUUUAUUCUUAAUUUUUCAGUCAAAUUAUUUAUUUUUAAGGUAACGCAAAGACUGUGAGAAACAACAACUCUUCGCGUUUCGGAAAGUUCAUCCGAAUUCAUUUCAACCACGCUGGAAAAGUCGCCGGUGCCGAUAUUGAGCAUUGUAUGUUUUUUUUUUCUUUAGAAUUUUCUUUUUUAUUCAAUUUUUUUCAAUUUUCAGAUCUUUUGGAGAAAUCUCGUGUGAUCAAACAAGCGCCCGGAGAACGAUGCUACCACAUUUUCUACCAAAUUUACUCCGGAGCAGUUCCCGGAUUAAAAGGUUUUUGCCAGUUUUUGUGGAAUCUAAAGAUGAGUUUUUUCCAGAAAAAUUGUUCCUGAACCGUCCGAUCAAGGAUUAUCACUUUGUCGCCCAGGCUGAAGUCACGAUCGACGGCGUCGACGACAAGGAAGAAAUGCUCAUCACUGAUGUUGACCUUUUUUGUCUUUGUGAGAUUAUAGAGAAGUUUAGGAAGCUUUCGACAUCAUGAAGUUCACGGCCAAGGAGAAGGAAGAGCUUUUCUCCAUCACUGCCGGUAGGAAAAUCGUUUUUACUGACUAGGAAGCGGUAUCCACUUAUAUAGACACUUUUGAAUGAAACAAAAAUCAGUCGAUUUCAGUUGAAGUUUAGUUAAAAAAGUUGUCCUUUUUUUUUUUCAAAAACCACUGAGGAGAUUUGUCCGUAAAAUCAGUGGUUGUUAUAGCCGUUGGAGCAAUCUUUUUACAAAAAAAAAUUUAAUAAUCGGGCUUUUGAAGGAAUUAUGCACAUGGGAGAGCUCAAGUUCAAGCAGAGACCCCGUGAAGAACAAGCCGAAUUGGAAGACGGCAAAGGUCUUUUUCCAUUCAUUUUAUUUUUACUCAAAGGAAAAACUUCAGAAGGUGAACUUGCCUGCAAACUCUAUGGCGUCGACACGGAGAAGUUCAUCAACGCCAUGUUGAAACCCCGCGUAAAAGUCGGAACCGAAUGGGUCAACAAGGGACAGAACCUCGAGCAGGUCCGUUUUCAAAGGGAUUUUAUGUGUGUCCUGGACUUUGUUUCUAAUAUGGCUUUUUAAAAGUUCUGUAUUUUUAGAUAGUUUUGUAGAAAUUUUCUCCAUUGAUUUUUUUUCAGUGUUUAGGUAUUCGCUUCGAGACCAUUUUCUCUGAAUUUCACGAGGUUUUGAGAUUUUUUUUAAAGAGCUUGCCUUCAAUUUUUUUUUCUCGUUAUUUACUUUUCAAAGUUGUUUUUAGCGAAAUAAGAUGGAUUUGAAGUAGCAAUUCUUGAGAAUUGAAGUAUUUCUAAUUAUCCGCGAAUUGACCGUUAUGUAAUAUUCCUAUUUCUCUGUUUCUUGGAUCGUAUUUUUGAACUAAACGGAAAAUCUUGGUGAUUCAUCUGUUUUGCUAUCUGCAGAAAAAAAGCAAUUUAUAAGGAUAAAUUUUUCAAUUUAAAAAGAUUUUUUUAAUAUUACCUUUACUUUUCUAACUUUUCUGAAAUGUUUUGAAUUUUAAUUUUUCUAUCGUUUUCAGUUUAAUUUUGCAGGUCAACUGGGCGAUCGGCGCUCUGGCCAAGGCUCUCUUCGCCCGACUCUUCACCUGGCUCAUCAAGAGGUUCUUUUUUAACUAAGCAGAAGACAAAAUGGAGAGAAUUCAAAACUUCAGAUGUAACAAAACUCUGGACGCUCAGGACUUGUCGCGCGAUUUCUUCAUCGGCGUCCUCGAUAUCGCCGGUUUCGAAAUCUUCGACGUAAAUGGAAGCUCAAAAAAAAAAGAAAAAAAAAUACCGAGGUUCCAGCUGAACUCUUUCGAACAGUUGUGGAUCAACUUCGUCAACGAGAAGUUGCAACAGUUCUUCAACCACCACAUGUUCGUCCUGGAGCAGGAAGAAUACAAACGGGAGGGCAUCCAGUGGGAGUUCAUCGACUUCGGUCUCGAUCUUCAGGCCUGCAUCGAGCUCAUUGAGAAGGUUUGAAAGCUGUAGAAAAGGCUUGAAUUUUGUUCAAAUUGUUGGAAAUUUCCAGCUUUUGCGUGGUGUCAAGUUGUAGGGUUCUAAGUGAUGAAGGCAAUUUACCUGAUGGUUUUUGAAUUUUUCUUCUAGGAGUUGGUAGCUUUAUUUUGUGAUAAGUAUGGUACCAGAUUCCUCCUAUUUUUGUAGGAUUAAAAAAAUCUUGAAGCACUUUUUGUUCCAAAAAAGAGAAAGAACCUUUUAAAAUCCAUACUUGUUAGACUAACUUUCUUUCUUGAUCGUUCGAAUAUAGUUGAGCUCUUUGAAAACACAAAAUUUGGAAGAGGUCUCAAGUAACACUUAACAGAUUAUUUUUUUUUGUUUCUUUUAUAAGUUUCUCACGUCAUAACAAGCUUUUGUGGAACGAAAGUUUUUAAUUCAUUUCAGACUUGUAAUUGAAAAUUACGAAAAAAUACCUAAUAUGAGGUUUUUUCCGAGUUUUAUAAUCAAGAUCUGUUUUUCUGCUUUAAUUUUUUCUCCUUGUUCGAAUGGAAACUUUACAGCCCCUGGGUAUCGUUUCGAUGCUCGACGAAGAAUGCAUCGUUCCCAAGGCCACGGACAUGACCUUGGCUUCGAAGCUCAACGACCAGCACUUGGGCAAACAUCCCAACUUCCAGAAGCCCAAGCCGCCAAAGGGAAAGCAGGUAGUCGACCAGAAAAAAGGCGUCAAAAGAACGAGAAUCUGAAGGCGGAAGCCCAUUUGGCCAUUGUCCACUACGCCGGAACAGUCCGCUACAACGUGAAGGCGUGGCUGGAGAAGAACAAGGACCCUCUGAACGACACGGCCGUCACCGUCCUCAAGGCCAACAAGACGAACCAGCUGAUGUGCGACAUCUGGGCCGACUACAACACUCAGGAAGACGUCGCCGCCAUGGCCAAGGACGGCAAGAAGAGCGCCGGAAAGAAAAAGGUUAUCGAUGGGAAAAGGAAUCAAGUGAAGAGUAUCAGCGUUGACUUGACUUUUUAUAGUAGAAACACACUGAAACCUGUUAGUGAGUGAAUUUGAAAUGACUUUUCUAAGCCAAGUAGAAUACUUGUGGAUUCAGGGCAAGUCGGCGUCGUUCAUGACGGUGUCGAUGAUGUACCGCGAGUCUCUGAACAACCUGAUGCACAUGUUGCAUCAGACCCACCCUCACUUCAUCCGUUGUAUCAUCCCCAACGAACAGAAGAAGUCUGGUGCGUCUACCGUUCCCCGAACCUCGAAAAAAUCUCCCUUUUCAGGCAUGAUCGAAGCCAGUCUGGUGCUGAACCAACUCACCUGCAACGGUGUCUUGGAAGGAAUCCGUAUUUGCCGCAAGGGAUUCCCCAACAGAAUGCCCUACAACGACUUCAAGCAGAGGUAACCUCAGAGACAGUGGUAUAGGCAUCCAAAAAAAAAAAAUUACCUUUGAAACCUUUUUUGAAAUCGGAAUCGAGUUUUUUUUCAAUCUAGAUCAAUUUUUUAAGAGCGGCAAAAGGGAUUUCUUUCAAAAAUUCCUUUCGAAAUAUGGAUUUAAUAGGUUUUUUGCAAAGUAAAUUUGUAAAACUGCAAAAAUAAUAAAAAAUGAUUGACGUGAGAUAAUUAUUUUCAUUUUCUAUAGCACUACCGCUUAUCAUACGUUUCAGUCACCUUUUUUCAAAGAUUGGAAAGUAAUAUGGAUAUUGGUGUCAUCUACUGCUCGUAGCGAUUUAUACUGAUGUGAGAAAAAGAAUAAGACCUUCUCAAACACCGUAGAUACCUGACUGAAGUUCUAAGUGAAUCAAAGCAAAUUUUUUAAAAAUCAUUUUAUUUGAAUCAAAUAUGCAACAACUCUCGAAAAGGUACGGCCCCUUGACGCCGGAAGAAGCUUCCAUCAAGGAUGCGAAAAAGGCGGGCGAAAAAAUGAUGGGGGAGUUGGUGAAGAGAAACGCUUUGCGGAACGAAGAUCAUCGCCUCGGUAUGACCAAGGUGACGUCAUCUGCACGUCUUCUGAGUUUCUCGAAGCUUCUGAUUAGUUGAGAAUGCGCCAGUGUUCACUUCACCUUGCCAAUUUUGUUGCUUUCCCUUGGUUUCUUCCAAUUUUGGGUACGCGGUCCUGGCGGCGGACGCGGCCAAGUCUGGAAAGGACGACAAGGAAUCCGGAGAAAAGAUCGCCGCCCAGCUGAUCAAGGACGGCUCCCUCAAGCCCGAGGAGUUCCAGUGCGGUCUCACAAAGGUUCCUUUUUGCCUUUGGUGUAGAUGGCUUUUAAAUUGGGAAAGAAUUAUUUUACUCAUUCCUUGACCUUACCUUCACAUGCAAAGUUCAAAAAGCAAAGCAAUAGUGAAUUUAUUCAAUAAAGAGUUUCAACUGGUUCUAAUUAUUUUCUCACGUUUUUGCUCUUCCAUCUGUUGCGUCUUCCCUCACCCAUUCUCUAAGUUGAAACUGAUCCUAGUCGAAAUUUUGGAAAAACUUAUUUUCAAUCUGAACUUCAGGUUUUCUUCAAAGCCGGAGUUCUGGCCCACCUGGAAGAACUUCGCGACGAGGCUCUCGGCAAGAUCAUGACCAAGUUCCAAUGCGCCUGCCGUCAUUACCUCGCCCAGUGCGAGUACAAACGCAAGCUCGACCAGAAGUUCGUCCCCUUCCCUUUAUUCCGAGAAAAAGACAGUUUCCAGGGUUGGUCUGCUCAUCCUGCAGAGAAACGUACGCGCCUGGUGCACCCUCCGCACCUGGAGCUGGUUCAAACUCUUCGGCCGCGUCAAGCCGCUCAUCAAGGGCAACAAGAAGGACGAAGAGUUCGAAGCCCUCGAGAAGAAGUCAGUCGAUUUUCCAACCUUGAAAAAACGAGAUCUAAAAGUAUACACAGUGAAUGUAGGUAUUCCAGCGUUAGUGUCUUCUAAAAUAAACUUUGAUAUUUUCCAAUAAUACUUAUUAUAGUUUUUUAGUAGAGUUUUGAGCUUAAGAUUUGUGUUUUAAAAUUGAAUACCUAUUUUAAUCAUUUUACUUGUAGAUACAAACUCCUGGAGGAAGAGAAAAAGAAGGAAGAAGCCAAGAGAAAGGACACCGAAGCCGAAAACGCCCGUCUGCAGGUGUCAUUUCAGGGGAAACAAUAAUCUAAAAAAGUUAUUUGAAGGCUGAGAAGCAGGCUAUGCUCAUCCAGCUCGAACAAGAGCGCGAUUCUAACGCCGAGGGCGAGGAGAGAUCCGCCAAGUUGCUCGCUCAGAAAGCUGAUAUUGAGAAGCAGGUUCGGAGCAGAAUGGUCCCAAAAUUGAGAGAAUUUUCCAGAUGAGCGAUUUGAACGACCAACUCGCCGACCAGGAAGACAAGAACGCGGCGCUGACCAAGGCGAAGAAAAAGGUCGAGCAGGACAACGAGUCGUUGAAAAAGACGGUCGGAGACCUGGAGACGACGAUCAAGAAGCAGGAGAGCGAGAAACAGGCCAAAGAUCACCAGAUCCGCAGUCUCCAAGACGAGAUCGCCUCGCAGGACGAGGUCAUCUCCAAGCUGAACAAGGAGAAGAAACACCAGGAAGAGGUCAACCGCAAGCUCCUCGAGGACAUCCAGGCCGAAGAAGACAAGGUCAAUCAUCUCAACAAACUCAAGUCCAAGCUGGAAUCAACUCUCGACGAGGUCGAAGACAUGUUGGAGCGUGAGAAACGUGGCCGACAGGACGUCGAAAAGCAGAAGCGCAAGAUCGAGGGCGAACUCAAGUUGGCCCAGGAGAGCAUCGAAGAGCUCAACCGUCACAAACAUGAGCAAGACCAGGUGAUCAAGAAGAAGGACGCCGAACUCCACUCCCUGCAAGCGCGACUGGAGGACGAACAGUCUUUGGUCGCCAAGUUGCAGCGGCAGAUCAAGGAGCUCCUCGCCAAGAUCCAAGAACUAGAGGAGGAACUCGAAUCCGAGAGACAAAGCCGCUCCAAAGCGGAGAAGGCCCGCAAUGAGAUGCAGCUGGAGUUGGAGGAGUUGGGAGAUCGAUUGGACGAGGCUGGAGGCGCCACUCAGGCACAGAUGGAGCUGAACAAGAAGCGCGAAGCCGAACUGGCCAAACUCAGAAGGGACUUGGAAGACUCGGCGAUCAACUCCGAGACGGCGAUGGCUGCCCUCCGCAAGAAGCACAACGACGCCGUCGCUGAACUCAGCGAUCAGCUCGACAUGAUCCAGAAGAUGAGAGCCAAGCUGGAGAAGGAGAAGGCGCAGCAACAGCGCGAGAUUGAUGAACUGCAGCAGGCUGCCGACGUCGAGGCCAAGCAAAGACAGGUGCCUCGAAAGGUGUAUCAGUGAUGAAGACGUCACUGUUUUCAGAACAGCGAGCGUAUGUCGAAGCAGCUGGAGGCUCAGCUCACCGACAUGACCCUCAAGAGCGACGAACAAGCCCGUCUGAUCCAAGAACUCAUCAUGGCUAAGAACAAGACUUCCUCGGAGAACAACGACCUGAAUCGGUUGGUUUAAAAAAGAAUUGAAAUAUGAAUUCAGGCUCAAAUUUGAGUAGCUAAAAUUCAGUAUUUUUGUUUCACCUUUCUCAUUUUUGCUUCUUCUGAGGUUCAGUAGAUUGCCCAGAAAAAUUGAUCUCAAACUCGGGAGUCAAAGCAAAUAAUAAAAAAAAUUGUGUCAGUCAACUGGAAGACGCCGAAUCGCAACUGGCCGCCUUGAAUCGCAUCAAGCAGCAGCAGAACGCCCAGAUGGACGAGCUGAAGAGGUCGCUGGAGCAGGAGUCGCGCGAAAGACAGUCGCUCCACGCCCAGGCCGCCAACUACUCCUUGGAGUGUGAGCAGCUCCGCGAGCAACUCGAGGAGGAGCAGGACGCCAAGACCGAGCUCCAGCGGCUCAUCAGCAAGGCCAACGCCGAGGCUCAGCAAUGGCGGGCGCGUUUCGAAGGCGAAGGCGUCAACCGGGCCGAGGAGCUCGAGGAGGCUCGUCGCAAACUCACCCACAAGGUAUCCGAGUUUUUUUUUUUAUCAAUCAAUCAAUUAAUAUUUUUUUUGUUUUAGUAAUAGAUGUAGUCAACUAGGCGGAGAAAAUGAGCUUCUUCUUCAGGUCCAAGAGAUGCAAGAGCAGCUCGAAAAUGCCAACCAGAAGAUUGGAUCCUUGGAAAAGACACGUCAAAGACUUGCCCAUGAGCUCGAAGAUGCUCAGGUAAAAUGGGAUCAGGAAAAUUAUUUCAGCUGUAAAUUAUAGGUUGAUGCUGACCGAGCCAAUUCCAUUGCCAGCUCUUUGGAGAAGAAACAAAAGGGCUUCGAUAAGGUGCAACUAUAUUAACUUUUCUCUUUAUAACGACAUCUUUAGGUUAUCGAUGAAUGGAAGAGAAAAUGUGAGGCUCUGGUGGCCGAAGUCGAACAGAGCCAACGGGAAACUCGCGCCGCCGCCACAGAAACCUUCCGACUUCGGAAUCAAUUGGAAGAAGCUGGAGAACAGGUGAGAAAGGAUACCUGAACCCUUCGAAUACUGUUCAAAGAUAAUCGAAGCCGCGAAUAAAAGUCAUAAUUCUUUCAAAAGUAGUGAAGCUUUCUGAGUUUCCAAAAAUUUUCGAAUAAAACCUGGGUUAUGAAAUAAUUUCUAAAAAUGGUUUUAGUGAAGUUUGGUGGAAACUUUCAUGAGUUGAGUUAUAAGAUUUUCAAUAGAGGGUCUUCAGGUGGAAGGCGUUCGCAGGGAGAACAAAGCCCUCGCUCAAGAACUCAAGGAUAUCACGGAUCAACUGGGAGAAGGCGGAAAGUCCGUCCAUGACCUGCAGAAGAUCCGCCGAAGACUCGAACUGGAGAAGGAAGAACUUCAGGUACUCAGAAAUGAAUUAGAACUUGUGGCCAUUUUUCGAUCAAAAUUUAGCUAUUUAUCUUAGUUUCAUCUAAUUUAUUCACUCGUCAUAAUUUUUAGAGUUCUUUAAGUUCAAAAAUGUCAUGGUCCCACAUUUACAGCUGUUUUAUUCCUAUUUGAAAAUUGUAGCAAGCCUUGGACGACGCCGAAGGUGCUUUGGAAGGAGAGGAAGCUAAGGUGAUGAGGGCUCAAGUUGAAGUCAGCCAGAUCCGGUCUGAGAUCGAGAAACGACUCCAGGAGAAGGUGCUUCAGUGAAAAAUACUCAAAAAGUUCACCAGUUGAACUCAGGAAGAAGAAUUCGAAAACACUCGCAAAAACCACGCCCGCGCCCUGGAAAGCAUGCAAGCGUCCCUGGAGACGGAAAGCCGUGGCCGCGCCGAAUUGCUCAGGUUAAAGAAGAAGCUCGAGGCCGACAUCAACGUGGGUGUUCUUCAAAGAGGACCAUGUCGAAUAGAAUGUUCAGGAACUCGAAAUCGCCUUGGACCACUCCAACAAGGCAAACGUCGACGCCCAGAAGACUCUCAAGCGUUACCAGGACAACGUCCGCGACCUUCAGGUCUAUUUUUAGGGGUUUUUUUUUUUGGCGGAGAGAGAUUUUCAUGCCGUUCCAGCUGUUGAAAUAUCGCGUCUAGAAUCAUAAUUCGAGAAAAGUUUGUGACAAAUGAGACUUUUUUUUUUACCAUAAAUCUGGCUCUCGAAUUUUUUCCUGUUUUCUCGGACAAGCUUUUUGAAAAAAGAAAAAGAUGUGGAUAUUUUUGGUAUGCAUUUUGAGAGGGAAUCUGAUCAUUUGUUUUUUCAACUCAAUUGUUUCAGGCUCAAGUGGACGAGGAACAACGUAACAUCGCUGAGGCCCGUGACCAGGCGAGCUUGGCCGAGCGCCGAUCUCAGGUUCUGCAACAGGAGAAGGAAGACCUCGCCGUCGUCUACGAACAGGUAACUUUCACAUAUCUCAAAAAUGAGCUUUCGAGAAAUUCAGGCUGAACGAUCCCGUCGCCAAGCCGAACUCGAAUGUGUUGAACACAAGGAAUCGGCCAACUCCUACGCCAACACCAACGCCGCUCUUCUCGCCCACAAGCGGAAGCUCGAGGGAGAACUUCAGGUCGGAAUUACUUUGAAAAAUGUUAAAAAUAGGUAACCUGGUAGUCCAUGUUCUCAUUUUUGCACCCAUAUUGUUGAAAUAUGCCAUUUAUAGACUUUGAGCCCUCUUAAAAAUAAGCUGUGUAGAAUGAACACGUUUAAGACCUUCGUUCAAAAUAAUCUCACACUCCUUCGCUCAUUUUCAAUCUUCAAAUUCAAUUUCUUCUCAGCCCCGAUCAACUGAAAGAGUUUCAGCAGCUGCACGGCGAGGUCGAAGAAGCGAUGAGCGAGAUGAAGAGCGCCGACGACCGCGCCAAGAAGGCGACGAUGGACGCGACGCGACUCUCCGACGAGCUCCGCGCCGAGCAAGAACACGCCCAGAACCUCGACCGCAGCAAACGCGCCUACGAGAGCCAGCUCAAGGACCUCCAGGCACGACUCGACGAAGCCGAGGCUGCCGGAGUCAAGGGCGGCAAACGACAGAUCGCUAAGCUUGACACCAGGUCCGUUUUUACUUCUGACUUCGGACUGAUAUGAGAAACAAAAAGAAAACAAGACCAGGAAAUAAAAUCAGAAGUUUUCUUUUCCUAUUUCUUUUCUGCUUCUGAAAAACUCUUUUUAAAGAACGCACAUUUCCGAGAAAAAUUGUUUGAAGCCUCCUAAUUGCAUCCUGAGGGUAUAUAACCUCCUAGUAUUUUUCAUCCUUUUCUUCAAUCCAACUUUUGUAGACUUCCAAAAAAAAAUUCAAUAUUUUACAUCGCAUUCAUGAUUUCAGAAUUCGUGAGCUCGAAGCCGAGCUGGACAGCGAAUCUCGCAGACAUGCCGAAACCGCCAAGAACCUCCGCAACAAAGAUCGCCGAGCACGAGAGCUGCAGUUCCAGGUUUCAAAACAAACCAGAGCAACUACGAAUGGGAUCUGCUUGAGGUUGACGAAGACAAGAAGGCCACUGAGAGGAUGUACGAUCUGAUCGAGAAGCUGCAGCAGAAGAUCAAGACCUACAAGAGGCAGGUCGACGACGCGGAAGGCCUCGCCUCGGCCAACCUCGCCAAGUACCGACAGCUGCAGCACGCCCUCGAAGACGCCGAGGAACGUGCCGACGCCGCCGAAAACGCUCUCCAGAAGAUGCGGCUGAAGGGCCGCAGCGGCAGCGCCGUCUUCGGUCCUCGCGGCCUGGCCCAUUCGGUGAGCGCUCUCGCUUUUAGAAACAUGAGUCCUUUUGAAAAAUGAGACUUCCCAAAAAAGUAUAAUUGAAAAUUUCUGAGAAUCAUCAAGUUUUCCUUCACGAGGGCAGCAAAGUAUAGAUUAAUUUUAAUCGCUUCGAAAAUUUCAAACAGGGAAAUAUGGUUUUUGAAUAUUGUUUCGAAAAGUUUUGAAGUUGAGAAAAAUCAAGUCUUGUUUUCUCACAAGUCAUAUAAGGUUUUUUGUAGACCCUUCCUGAAAACCUCGGCUUUAAAGGUCUUGGAUGUUUAAAAUUUUUUGAAAAAGCAAUCCCUAAUCGAUCUUUCAACAUUCUAAUGGAUUUCGAAAACAAGGAUUACAAAUAUUAAUUGCUCAAAAUAAGAUGUCGACGACGGGCAUCAACAUGCGGAGAGGCGGCUCUCGAUCCGGAAUCCUCGACGACGACUUCGCCGAGGAAUAA